CCCAGCAGCGUGCCAGCAACCACAUCACAGGCUUGCUGUCGUCUCAAUGUCACGAGACGAAGAGAAGGCAGAGCACUUGUAAGUGAGUGUAAAACUGCUUGGACUCAACAUGACUCGUGGGUUAGAAGGAUUCGAAUAAAAACAGAGUCUCUGAGAAUUUGUGGUUCGGCACGACUGUGACAGAGGAUUUCAGAUGUUUUGCCUGAUGGUGCUCUUCCUGCUUCUCAAAGGUGAUGGAAUCCCUGCUGUUCCACAUGAGACGGCCUCUUACAUUGGGUUGAGACAAGAAGAAGACCAAUCACCUGGCUCAUCCUCCCAGCCUCUUCGCUCUUGGGCUGAGGUGGAGCGUGCCACUGCUGAUCAUCUGUACUUUGAAGAGGAUCUCGUCUUUGAUGCCAGUCCUCAGUUUGAAACCUUUGUUAUUCACAAAUCACAUAGUGGAAGCAAGGAUGUCAUUCUCGAUCUAUCCAAUCCUGAGGCUGGUGAUCUCACUGAAGACCUGAAUGAGGUUGGACAAUUAGAUACAUGCUGUGCUCUCAGUUCCUCUUUAACAAGGAAUUCUAAUCCGCCUCAAAAUAACAGGCACUUAAAUCCUAAUUCAAGGAUUUCCACUCCUACAAAUGUUUCUCCUUUCAGUGAGGUGAUAGAGGGGAGUGGUUUUCCUCAUCUAGUGCCCGAUGCAGAUGACAUCAACCUUGUAACGCAAAGAAUAAACAGGAUGGAAUUUGAAGAUACAGGUACCACUGAAAGGUUCAGCAAUAGUGUUACGCCUCCUUCCAAGAAAAAUAAGCAAGAAUAUCUGGUUACAAUCCAUACAUCAAAUACUCAUGAGGACCAUGGCGAUGUCCCAACAAAAUCCAAUGACACUUUGCAAAGAGGCUUGCCUUCAAUGGAUGAUGCCUUGAGCAAUAGCAGAAAGGUGAAUGAGAACAUCAUCAAUUCAGAGGAGACAUCAAAGCCACCUUUAGAAUCAUCGGAGCAACAAGACCAUUGGCCCAUCCAGUUGACAUUGAUCACUGAAUCAAAUACAAACCAGAGCUCAAGUGACUCCUGGAGUACUUGUAACCCAGGAUAUAUCCAUGAAAAUGACUCCUGCUGGUCUGUUUGUGAAGUGAACCCCAAUUAUUGUUACAACGGAGGUGAAUGUGGAGUCAUAGAAAAUGUUGGUGCGAUUUGCAGAUGCAGUGCAAAAGAACACACCUGGUACAGAGGACCACGGUGCCAGACUGUUGUCACGGAGGUGCAACUGACAUGCAUACUGAUUGGCGCAACCUUGCUGAUUUCUCUCAUAUUCCUCGCUCUGAUAGUCGUCUUUGCUCUAAAGCUGCGGUCUCUCAAAGAAGCUCAGCAGAGAUUUGACUCCAGAAGCAAACUGUGGAUUUCCUCGGGGCCCCAAGGCAACUCCUCUUUCUCUUCUGAAAUAAGCCAGCAGGGAAAUCAUUCCCCUGUGGCUAGAUGUAGCCCUGACACCCAAUGUACGCCCGUCAGUGAGAAUCACCUGACCCAGGCUGAUUACAAUUCUUGCAUUCUUUGGAGAACGGAACGUACCGCCGUUUGAAGCCCAGCAUCAAGUGAGGGUGUGACACUCUUCUUCAACUAAAUCUCAGAAGAGCAACCAUUGUACAAGUUAAUCCAUGUAAGGGAUGAGGGACAGGACAAUAUUUGCAAACAUAUUUUUGAUAGAUUUAUGGCUCUCGAUUCUCAUGAAGAACCUGAACAUUCAAUACCUCCACCACCAUCACAGCGAGGCUACAGAGUGCACUAUCUGCUAUUCCAUCCAGGUUACACCAACAGCACCUCUUAAUGCAAUAGACCUCAACCAAUAAGCACAGGAUAGCAAUUGCACGGGAACACCAAUACCUGCAGGUCCUCCUCCAAGUUGACAGCAUCCUGACUUGGGAAUAUGUUACCAUUCCUCUGUCAUCAUAGAGUCAUAGAUUCACACAGUGUGGAAACAGGCCCAACUUGCCCACAGUGGCCAAAAUGACCCAUUCACACUAGUCUCACUUGCUUGCAUUUGGCUCAUAUCCCUCCAAACCUGUCCUAUCCAUGUACCUA